AUGAUGGCGGUGGCGAAGGCGCUCUCCUCCGUGCUCCUCCUCCUCCUGCUCGUCGCCGUCGCGACUCCGGAGGCGGCGGCGGCGACCAUCACCAAGCGCGACUUCCCCCCGGGCUUCAUCUUCGGCACCGGCUCCUCGGCCUACCAGAUCGAAGGUGCGGUCGCAGAGGACGGAAGAAAACCCAGCAUCUGGGACACGUUCACACACUCAGGCCAUUCUGUCGAUGGAUCGAAUGCUGAUGUGACUGCAGAUCAAUACCAUAAGUACAAGGAAGAUGUAAAGCUUUUGAGUGACAUGGGCGUCGACGCAUACAGAUUUUCCAUUGCUUGGCCUCGCCUUAUUCCCGAUGGCCGUGGAGCUGUCAAUCCAAAGGGACUGGAGUACUACAACAAUCUUAUCGAUGAACUCUUGGCUCAUGGAAUUCAGCCUCAUGUCACGAUAUAUCAUUUCGACUUCCCUCAGGCUCUUCAAGACGAAUACAACGGGAUGCUUAGUCGCAAAUUCAUAGAUGACUACACGGCGUAUGCAGAAGUGUGCUUCAAGAACUUUGGCGACAGGGUGAAGUACUGGAGCACUGUCAAUGAGCCAAACAUAGAGCCGAUUGGCGGAUAUGAUCAGGGUAUCCUCCCACCACGGCGAUGCUCAUUCCCAUUCGGCGCCCUCAGUUGCGACAACGGCAACUCUACCACAGAGCCAUACAUAGUAGCUCACCAUCUUCUGCUUGCACAUGCCUCAGCAGCGUCCCUGUAUAAAGAGAAGUACCAGGCCAAGCAAGGAGGCAAAAUUGGACUCACAUUGCUCGGUUGGUGGUACGAGCCUGCGACACAAACACCUGAGGAUAUAGCAGCAGCUGAAAGGAUGAAUGACUUCCAUGUUGGAUGGUAUAUGCAUCCGUUGGUCCACGGAGAUUACCCCCCGGUGAUGAGGAAGAAUGUUGGGUCCAGGCUACCAUCAUUCACCGGCGAAGAACUGAAGAGGGUGCUCGGAUCUUUCGAUUUUGUCGGAUUUAACCACUACAUUGCGGUAUAUGUGAAGGCUGAUCUUAGCAUGCUGGAUGAUGAGCUGAGAGAUUACAUGGGUGAUGCAGCAGUGCAAUAUGACAUGCCAUUUUUGAAGAAGAACCAGCUCCUGUUUGGGUUGAAAAGCGAUUUCAUGACAUCGACACCGUGGGCUCUGAAGAAAAUGCUGGAGCAUCUCCAGCUCAAAUACAAGAACCCUAUAGUCAUGAUCCAUGAGAACGGAGCUGCUAGCAUUGCGGAUCCUUCUGCUGGGAACGCCCCCGACGACGAGUUCAGGUCGCAGUACCUGCAGGAUUACAUCGAGGCGACCCUCGAAUCCAGCAGGAACGGGUCGAACGUGCAGGGCUACUUCGUGUGGUCGUUUCUGGACGUGUUCGAGUAUUUGUUCGGCUACCGCAUGGGCUUCGGUCUCUACGGCGUCGACUUCAACUCCGAGGAGAGGACGAGGUACCAGAGGCACUCCGCCAAGUGGUUCACCAGCUUCCUCCGUGGCGGCGAGCUCAGGCCGGUGGCUCUGCCCGGCCAGGCCUAUUCCCAGUGA